UAAAUAACAGAGUCGGGGUGUCGGGGUGGUGCGUGGGACAGACGUGCACAGGCACGUCAGGUAGACGUGAGGUGUCUUCACCUGGAGAGGGACGCAAUAACAAUGUGUCAUUUCCAGUGUUCGUAGUAUGGGGUUGAGGCUUCCUUGAAAAAAUCGACGUGAUCUGCGUACGUCAAUCACUCCGGGGUUUUAACAUCGAGGGAAAACCAUCAUCAGCUGAGUAGUUCCCGAGAAGGUUCUUUUCUAAGGUCUUCAGUAAUCUGCAAGUUUUUUUUCCUGGGAUGGAAAUCUGACCCUGGGACUGGAGACCCCUUCCAUCAAUUUCACCUUCUGACCAAAACCUGCUUGGGAGAGUGUGCAGAGUGAGAAUUGUGAUUUAUGUAAUAUGAAGGACACUAAUGGAUGGUGAGACAUGACUGCUCUGACUUCCUGUGGGCCGUGCGAGCGGCGCGCGAGCUCCACUCAGACGCUUGCAGAACAAAACAGAGGUUUGAAGACCAGCGCUCUCAGAUAGCUCUGUGCACCUGCUCUACCUCCUCCUCUGCCUCAUCUAAUCCUUCAUCCUUGUCUUCACCGCCUCCGGGCAGAAUGGCAUCCGUACAGCCUUUGUUCCUCACUGCGUCCAUCAUCUUCUUCCUCUUCAUCAGCAGCGCUCACGCUCACGCCGUCCCUCGCCUCACCUUUCCUCUCGAGAGCCCUGGUCGUCCUAUUACACUCUUCAAUCUUCCGGAUGUUUCUAACACCACCACACUGCUGCUAAGUAAUGAUGAGGAGACGCUGUACAUCGGAGCGAGAGACGCCAUCCUGUCCCUCAAAAUCAGCAAAACAGGAAGCCUGGAGCUCAGCAAGAAGAUUGACUGGUCUCCUACAGAGACAGAGCUGAGAGAAUGCAUCAUGAAGGGCACCAAUGAGAUGGACUGUGCAAACUUUGUUCGAGUGCUGCAAGUCCUGAACUCCACACACAUGUUCGCCUGUGGAACGUUUGCCUUCGGUCCUCGCUGCAGCUACAUAAGCUCUGAGGAUUUCUCUCUGUCCUCGAGUGCUGGCGAGAAACAUGAGGAGGGACGAGGACGCUGUCCAUACAACCCCUACAACAAACACACCGCCAUUACUGUGGGUGGAGAGCUGUACACCGCCACAGUGGCAGACUUCAGAGGGAAUCGUCCUGUCAUCUCUCGGCACCUGAGUGAAGGAGAUCGAGUGGACAUGAAGCUGGACGACACUCCGGGUUGGCUGGAAGAUCCCACCUUCAUCAGCUCCGCGUACAUCCCGAGCGAGGAGAAGGUUUACUUCUUUUUCAGCGAGAUGGGACGCGAGUACGACUUCAUCGAAAGGUUCACGGUGUCUCGCGUGGCUCAGGUUUGCACGAGCGAUGUAGGAGGACAGCGGACCCUGCAGAGAAGAUGGACCACAUUCACCAAAGCCCAGCUCCUGUGCCAGGCCAGAGACGAGCUGCCCUACAACGUCCUGCAGGACAUGAGCACACUGUGGCCCGCAGAGGGCGCCAGCGAGGACGAGACGCUCUUCUACGGCAUCUUCAGCUCCCAGUGGUCGGUGAACUCCGGGCGCUCGGCGGUGUGCGCCUUCAGCCUCAGGGACGUCAAGGACGUGUUCGGGGGGAACUACAAGACGCUGAACAGGGACACGCUGAGAUGGAGCUCACGCAUGCAGGAGAAGAUCGCCAAUCCUGGAGAGUGCGGUCUCCAUAACUCCUCGGAUAACGUCCUCCGCUUCGUCAAGGAGCACUUCCUGGCUGAUAAGAGCGUGUCUCCAGCCAAUCAGGGCCUGGCGUUAGUGUCAGGUGACCAGCGCUAUACCAACCUCGUGGCUCAGAGAGUGAAGGGGGCUAAUGGGAGGGAAUACACCGUCCUGUACCUGCUCACAGAAAGCGGCUUUCUGCACAAAGCCGUGCUGGCGGGGGGCGGAGCUCACAUUGUCGAGGAGAUCCAGGUGUUACGGGAACCGCAGAGGGUCACGAACCUCCUGCUGUCCAUCUCUAAGGGUGUGGUGUUUGUGGGCUCCUCAGAGGGCGUGGCCUCGGUUCCUCUCUCGGCCUGCGCUCUGUACCGGAGCUGUGCCGAGUGUGUGUUAGCUCGAGACCCGUUUUGUGCCUGGGACUCCACCAGGAGAGUGUGUGCUCAUGUCUCAGCUGUCACUGACCAGGCUGUUCAGGAUGUAGAUGGAGGUAACGUGUUGAAAGUGUGUAAAAACUUCACAACACUGAAUCCCAGAGGACGCUCCGUCACCACCACUGUUUCUCACAGUGAGGUGGUGUCAGUGUCUCUGAAGGAGGUGGUGCGUCUCCGGUGCAGGACGUUGUCUCAGCUGGCUACGCUUCACUGGGAGCGUUCGGGAGCUGAACUGUCUCCUGACAUCUACAUAAAGGAACACGGCGUCCUCAGCUUCCUGGCCACGCCCACCACCCUGGGCUCGUACAGGUGUCAGGCCACGGAGAACGGCUUCACGCAGACGCUCUGCCUUUACGAGGUCAGACAGAAGGAGGACCCCAGCCUUCAGCCCAUCUCCACUUCUUCCACUUCCUCCACUUUCUCCACCUCCUCCACCCUCAGUCCUGCGCCUGCGAGAGAAACCACGCCCCGGGAGAAGACCGAGACGAAGCCCACGACGCAGACGAGCGCUUCCACGCUGAUUCCAGCCGUCACCCAGGCUCCUGCUCACGGAUCCAAACACAUGCUGCAGCACGAGAGCAGCGCGAGCUACCUGAAGGAGCUGGUGGCUGUCUCGGUGCUGUUAGCCAUGUGCGUCUGUGCGUUGCUUUUGUUAGUGGCGUACGACCUGAGGAAGACGUAUCACAGCCGGACGGCGCCACAUCUGUCCUCGCACGACAGCGAUCAGGAGCGGGAGGUGCUCCAGGGGGAAUCCCCUCACCCGGAAAAACAAAGCAGCGAGAAAUCGCCACACCCCCCGAACACGGGCGUUUCCAACGGCUCGAACGUCUAUCUACCCAACACUCCCAUCUGAGCCCCGCCCCCCGCCUUGCUUUUUUUUCAACACGUCUCUGUUUUGUAUCGGGGGGGUUGUUAGGGGUUGUUUUAGGGGGGUUGUACCACACUUUACGCCUUUACGCCUUUUUCCGUCACCUGCAUCUGAGCCAGAAUGAACCCUCUGCGUGGUUCUGACCCGUCCUUCAGACCGGCGCUGGGGUUUCAGCCGAGGAACGAAACUAACGGAAAGAAAGUGUUCUACCUAGACAUUAACGUUUCUAUAGUAACGACUCAAACAAAGCCUGGUACGGCGGAUACUCCCGCGUAAUCCACUCAAACUAACAAACUAACAAACGUCGUGCUUAUUUAAUAACGAACGCAUGAACGGAGAGACUUUACGAUCAAUGCGUACGAUUUCCUUCUUUUUUGUUUUUUUGACUGAGCCUUUUUUGAGCUUUACGAGUGAGAUCAGAGUGAGAGAGAGAGAGAGAGAGAGAGAGAGAGAGAGAGAGAGAGACUGGUGAAGAAACAAGUGUUUAUAGCUGCUUUCACUUCACCCAUAACUUUUUUUGGGACGUAGCUAAAGGUAGCUAUAAACGGAUAAAUGUGUGUUGAUGGUUCUCAGGACGGGACGUUGCACUCUGUUAUCUGUCUCUCAGAACUGCACAUGAUGUUUGUUUUUUGAGAGGAAUGAGGAAGAUCAGAAACCCUCAGAACAAACUGCUUUUAUUUUGUUUAAAACUUCGUCUGAAAAAAAUCUCAAUGUUCAUCGAUAACACCAAUAAAAUGCCUUCAAACGGG